AUGCAAGUGCUCAAUAACGCAGAGUUCUUGCCGAAGUUUCUCAGCGAUUACUGGCCGCGGUUCUCUAAAGGCACGAAACUGGCUUUUCUCCGCUACACCGCCGAGCUACUUCCCCAGCUAGAGCCCGAACUUUUCCACCAAAGGCUACACGAGCAGGCCGGCUGCUUCUCUCAUGCGUUUCCCACGUCUUUGAAGCUUUUUCCAACUAUAGCAUCGGGGCAAACAUCGGAGCCAUUUUCAACAACGAUUCCCCAGCAAAACACCCACAGACAGCAAACGCUUUCAAAAGAUGCGCCGCCAGCCACGUUAUCUUCGCCGCAAGUGUCCCGGCAAUCCAGCCCGACAGUGUCGCUGUCAACUACUCUGUCCUCGCCACGAGUCUCCAGACAACUUAGCCCGACAGAGUCGCUGUCAAUUGCUCUAUCCUCGCCGCGAGUUUCCCGGCAAUCUGUCUCUCAACAGUCACUACGGACCACUGUGAAGCCGCCGCGACGGCAUCGUGGGCAGAAGUGCCUUCCUCGUACACUGGAGGAUGUGGGAGAAGUUCAAGCCCUCUGUAGAUACACUGCAGAGUUAUUCUUUUCCCGUCGUCGAACCGCCGGUUCAGACCUCUACUCUGCCUUGAAGAGUUGUGAUGAUGAGACGAAACUCUCCCAAAUCGAAUUUCGGGCACGCUGCUUCGGUCUUCGGCACCUUCAGCUUUAUUUGACCAAAAACGAGCAACGAUCGCAAUCCGACCAAUUCACUAAACAAACGGCGAAAGCCGCAAUUAUGGAUGCCGUGGCCCAUCAUAACCCGACUGUAAACAGAUCAGAAAUCACAAGCAACGUUGACCGGUUUCUCUUAUGUGCGAAGAAUCUCCAACGUGUCCGGGACAAGCAUUCACUCAGCGCUGUCUUCUUGCUAGACGCCGGGUGCCGUUCUUAUUAUGAGCAAAACCGGACGAAGGAGGUUCUCGAUAAAUUUGAUAACAGACUGAGACAUGACGGCGCGAAAACGACUGUUCAAAUUGGGGAACUUGCGGAGGAUGACCCUUGGAAGAAGCUCGAAACAACGGCCUACGAAUAUCUGAAAUACAUAUUUGACGAGUUUGUGAAAUGGUUUUAUUGCAGCAAUAUGACUCCCCCUGCGAAAAGGCUGAAAUUUUCGAAUCAAUCUCAACCGCCAACGGAGGCAAAUUACGAGGCACAGCCUGAUGAAGCAGACACUAUCCCCACCUUUCGGACAGACAACUCAAUGUUACCACCAGGCGAUCUCAACGCGGGCGGCGGAUACGCACCCGCAAACGAUGCGGCACAAGACGAUAGCACCCGCAGUUGCGUUGAUGACUUGCGCCUUGGCAUUCCCACCGACUACUUCACGCUGGAUAACAUGCCAUCACCAUAUCAAGAGCUCACAUCAGCCAACGUUUACGCACCCGCAAACGAUGCGGCACAAGACGAUAGCACCCGCAGUUGCGUUGAUGACUUGCGCCUUGGCAUUCCCACCGACUACUUCACGCUGAAUAACAUGCUAUGA